AUGCCCGGCAGGCCGGCUCAGUGUCUUAGACUGUCCUGGACCCUACGAUAUGCUACAGGGACAACAACACAUUCAGCUCCAACGGAAGGGCAGGGAGGAGAGCAUACUUUGGUUCUGCCUGAUGAUUCUGCUGCUGCCUGGGUAGUGGAGGGAGAGAGCAUUUUACACAAGCAGAGAUCCCAAUAAAACUCUGAGUGAAGAUGGCGUUCUUCAAGAACAACUUCUGGGGGGACAAGAAUGCAGGUUUUGACUUGCUGUACCACAACAUGAAGCAUGGCCAGAUUGCUACCAAGGAGCUGGCAGAGUUUGUCCGUGAGAGGGCUGCCAUCGAGGAAACCUACUCCAAGUCUAUGAGCAAAAUGGCCAAGAUGACAAGCAAUGGAAGCCCACUAGGGACGUUUGCCCCUAUGUGGGACGUGUUCCGGGUGUCAUCAGACAAGCUGGCUCUCUGCCACCUUGAGCUGAUGCGCAAGAUGAACGACCUCAUCCGGGACAUCAACAAGUAUGGUGACGAGCAGGUCAAAGUUCACCGCAAGGCCAAGGAGGAGCAGCUGGGGACCCUGGAGGCUGUUCAGGCGGUUCAGGUCCAGAAUGGUCACCUCCAGAAGUCCAGGGAGGGAUACCACUCCAAGUGUAUUGAGCUGGACAGACUGAGGAAAGAGGGAGCCCCCCAGAAAGAACUGGAGAAGGCGGAGCUAAAGUCUAAGAAAGCUGCAGAGUUGUUUGCUGUGUGCAUAGAGAAGUACAACCGCGUGGGAGGAGACUUCGAGCAGAAGAUGAGCGAAUCAGCUCAGAAGUUCCAGGACAUUGAGGAGACCCACCUGAGGCAGAUGAAACAGCUUAUCAAGGGAUACUCUCACUCCAUAGAGGACACCCACGUCCAGGUGGGACAGGUCCAUGAGGAGUUCAAACAGAACGUGGAGAACAUUGGUAUAGAUAACCUCAUCCAGAGGUUUGCAGAGCAGAAGGGCACAGGGAAGGACAGACCAGCCCUGGUGGGGUUUGAGGAGUACCUGACAGCUUCAGUACCUGAGGGGAGUAAGAAGAGUCGAGGAAAAGCCUUCAGGAUUCCUGGACUGGGCAAGAGGGACAAAGAGCCAGACUCAACGGAUUCGGCUGUGACGGAGACACCAGUGAGUAACUCUCCCCUGGAGGUGGAUGAGGAGGGGUUUGUCAUCCGAGCCGACGUCAAUCAGAAUGGCUGCUCGACGGAGGACAAGGAGAACGACUUCUACUCCAGCGACUCUGACUUUGACGACGAAGAGCCCAAGAAGUUCCACAUCCAGAUCCGUCCGGUGGGCAGCAGCAACUCUGCUGCUACAGAGAUGGAGCUGAAGGCCACCGUGGGGGCACUCACACUGCCCCCCAACAGAGGGGUGUCAGUGAAACGUCAUCGCUCCAGAAACAGCAGUACUACAGGCCGUUCAGAGCGGGAGGGAGAGGGCGCCCCCCACAGGGAGGGAGAGCAGGACGGCCUACGCAAUUCCAUCUCCAGUCCGGAUCACAGCAGGUUGAGUUCUACUGCGUCAGGCUCAGACAACCUCUUUGGACCUCCUCUGGAGUCGGCCUUUAAGUCCAAAAGCUUUGCUGGUAGAGAACAGCUACCGAGAGCAGAGAGUGUCUUUGGUGCAUCUGAAUAUGCUGCCUUCUCCACUGACUCCUCCUCUCCUGAAAACGUAGAGGACUCUGGGCUGGACUCACCUUCCCAACAGCCCCUGGGCCCCUCCCCUGAGACAGCUGGUUGGGCAGCGUGGCCAUCGGCAGGUCAGAGUAAAGAACCAGCAGGACUGGGCAGGCCAGCAGACCCCUUCCUUACUGCCUUUAGAGACCCCUCCCCAGGACGCAGCCCCCACCCCCCCCAGGACGACUCAGCCAGUGUCUGGGCAGCUGCUCAUCGGUCCCCCCGCCCCCCUCCAGACAUGGACCUCUCAGCCCUCCGCUUCCCGGUCUUCUCCCAGUCCCUGGUCCCUCCAGAGCUGGACCCGGCUCUGUGGAGCUGUAAACACAUCCCUCCUGAAGACCCCUUCCUGGCUGCCUUUGAGAGGACCGUCGUCACCCAGGAGACCCUGCCCCCCCCUGACGCCUGGGCCCCCCCACCUCCACGCCCCUCCAGAGACGGGAGGGGGAUAGAGGUACGGAGCGACCCCUUUUCCAGUGACAGUAAAACCCUCCCCACCACCUCCUUUUGCAAGGACAUGGACCGGAAACGGGACCGUAGCGUCCUGCCCCCAGAAUCACCUGACGACCCAUUCGCCAUCACUAUGAUUGGCAGCCCCACCCACCAGUCAGCCCUGGCUGCCGCGACAGGGGUUCUGACCCAUAGUGUCAGCAGUAGUAGGUUGAUCCACAACGCCAAAUCCCUCCCCUUAUCCCAGACGAAAAAGGAGCUGGUCCACUGGAACUCUGUCCACAACCCCUUCAGUGAGGGGACCUCGGCUGGGUCUCUGGACCUGGGUGGAGUGGUCAAUGAGGGAGGGAGGAAGCAGCACGAGUCAUGCAGUGAAAGCGAGCCACGCAGGAGCGGCCUGCCUCUCACACUGCAUUCUGGGCCACAGGAGGACCUGUGCUUCUCUACUGACAAAGACCAGAACUGUCUGGAUCUGAACGCACCACAGCAAUCCUGCAACAUGGGCUCAAACAAAGGUUCAAGGCAUAGCUUCAGGCAGCACAGUGCAGAGCUGCUGGUGGCAGCCCCCCCCAGACCAGCCAGAGCCAAGAGGUCCUCAGGCAGACUGAGUGGCUGUGAGAGAUCCAGGUCAGUGUGCUCAUCUCCUCUGCCGGACCCCAGCCUGGACUUCACCUCAUCCUCCUCCUCCAGCUCUAGUGAGUGGGGGGCCCAGACCCAUGCCACCAGCCCUGCUAGAGGUGGGCAGCCCUCACCCCUCUCACACCUGCACGAAGACCACACACGCCUACACAUGCAUCUGUCUCGCGGGCCGAGCCCAAUCUCCCUGAGCACCCAGGAGUCCUGGCCUGUGGCUGCAGCCAUCACAGAAUACAUCAACGCUUACUUCAAAGGUGGACAGCAUAACCGCUGUCUGGUGAAGAUCACAGGAGAUCUCACCAUGUCUUUUCCUGCUGGAAUAACUUGUAUCUUCACUGCUAACCCAAACACCCCAGUCCUCAGCUUUCGCUUGGUCAACAUCUCCCGGGUUGACCACUUUCUGCCCAAUCAGAAGCUGCUCUACAGUGACCCCUCUCAGAGUGACCCAGACACCAGGGACUUCUGGUUCAACAUGCAGGCACUGAACCUUUACCUGCAGAGAGAGGCUGAGCUCAACCCCCUGGCCUCCUACUAUAACGUGGCCCUACUCAAGUACCAGGUGACUGAUGAAGUGUCGUCCCAGGACCCUGGUCGUGCUCCCCUCCUGUUGUCAGCAGAGUGCCAGCGGAGUGGCACAGUGACCCGUGUGUCCCUGGACUAUCACUGCUGCCCGGCCACUGCCCCCUCCACCCAGCUCACUGCUGUGCAGGUGCUGCUACCCCUCGACCACACCGCCACAGACCUGCAGUGCCAUCCCCCCGCAUGCUGGAAUACUAAGGAACGACGGCUACUGUGGAAGCUACCCAACCUCUCCCCCACCAACCAAAGCAAAGGCUCUGGCACUCUGUGUGCUAGCUGGCAGUGCCUAGAGGUUCCUCGCGGCCCUCCCCCCAGCCUGGCAGUCCAGUUUGUGGGAUCGGGGGCCUCCCUUUCGGGCAUGGACGUGGAGCUGGUGGGCAACCGUUACCGCAUGUCCCUGGUAAAGAAGAGAUUUGCCACAGGGAAGUACAUGGCAGGCUGCACCUUGUGAGGAGGAGUAGGAAUGACCAGGUCACCGUUGGGAGUUCCUGGAGUACACAUUGCACUUUUAGGCCUCUGGGCCAUACCAACCUAGUCGCCCAGGAGGGAGAGAACAGACAGACUAGGAUGGUUUUGACUUUGGGACCACACAUCGUGCUCACUCUUUCCCCCCCAAACUUGUUGUGUAUGGUGUCCUGACCGCUAAGGACCAAACUCAUUUUGGGACCUAGACUUUAUUAUUUUUGUAUCUUUCAGCCCUGCAUCGUACAUAAUCCUUUUCUCUUUGUACUGAAUCUUGUUCUGUUUGCAUUGUGUGCCUUUAUAUCAGCAGUUGGUGUUAUUGAAGAGAAAUUGUUUAUGAAUAAACAUACUACUUGUCAAA